GUCGAUAAGCAGUGUUGUACGGUCCUUCGUGGAAGAGAGUCGUUCUCUCCCACAGGGUUAGUUGUUCGCGGAGCGCGGCAAGCAGCACCCGCGGGUGAUCCUCUUCGUCCUCACGAGAGUUGCUGACUAACUUCCAGGAGCAUGGAGCGUUUCCGCUCUAUAGACUGGGCGGCGGUGCGUCGUGAUACUCACGUCAUCUUCACUAAACUCAUACGAACUCGCGAUCCACGCGACAUUCAAGGCCCCGAUGUGACCAUUUCAACGCGAACUCGUCUCUCGCGAUGCCUUUCAACAAUGGAUCUCAUUUCGCUCGGAGUGGGGUCCUGUGUGGGCACCGGGAUGUAUUUGGUGACUGGAAUGGUCGCACGCAACCUCGCCGGCCCUGGAGCAGCAUUGAGCUUCAUCAUUGCUGCUAUUGCGAGCAUCUUCUCCGGGGCUUGCUAUGCGGAGUUUGGCGUAAGAGUGCCAAAUACAACCGGAUCGGCUUACACUUACUCCUACGUUACUGUCGGCGAAUUCAUUGCUUUUGUCAUCGGCUGGAAUAUGAUUUUGGAGUACAUGAUCGGAACGUGUGCUUGCGCUCGUGCACUUAGUGCUUGUUUGGACUCUUUGCUCGAUGGCGCUAUUAGCAAUUACGUAGCUUCCAAAACGGGCACCAUCUUUGGAAAACCACCGGAUGUCGUUGCGUUCUUAAUUACCAUCAUGAUGACUUUUGUGCUGGUCACCGGAUUGAAGAAAUCUCUCUUCUUCAACAACCUCAUGAAUGCGAUGAAUCUGUUGGCGUGGGUGUUCAUGGUUGGAGCCUCGUUCUUUUAUGUGGAUUCAGAUAAUUGGACUAAUCACAAGGGAUUCUUGCCAUUUGGAUGGAGUGGGGUUUUCAACGGGGCAGCGACUUGCUUUUACGCAUUCAUUGGAUUUGACAUAAUCGCUACAACUGGAGAAGAGGCCACUAAUCCCAAACGUUCCAUCCCGUUAGCGAUUGUUCUGAGUUUGGUGAUCAUCCUCAUCGCAUACGUCAGCACGUCUCUGAUCCUCACUCUGAUUGUGCCCUACGAUGAAGUGGACACCAAUUCGCCUCUCCUGCAAAUGUUCUCACACGUGAACGCACCGGCAUGCAAAUACAUCGUCGCAAUGGGAGCACUGGCCGGCCUGUCUGUCUCCAUGUUCGGAUCUAUGUUUCCUCUACCACGGGUCGUCUACGCCAUGGCACUAGAUGGACUGCUAUUUGCACCCUUUGCUUCUGUAUCGGAGACCUCUGGAACCCCGGCCUUCGCAACCGUAUGCGGCGGCGUUUUAGCUGCGUUCAUCGCUCUUGUGGUACAACUGGAGGUUUUGGUGGAAAUGAUGAGCAUUGGCACCCUGUUGGCUUACACCCUGGUUUCGACUUGUGUGCUGAUUUUGCGCUACCAACCGCAUUCGACCACUAUUGUUGAACUUCUGCCCCAACACCUCCGCACGCCCGUGGACCCCGAAGGCACAGCUAGCGGCCAACGAGAUUCGACCAUCACUGGACUCGGCACCGCUCAUGUGAUGCCAUCUAGCCAACGUGUGAUGAUCCGUCGCGUCACCCGCAGCUCUCCCGACUCUGAUGACACCCUUCCCGGUGAUGACAGCGAAGACUAUGGACGUGAUGACACCUAUUUGGUCAGCGCCAAUACGGAAAACGAAUUUUACGGAGCCGUGCCAACUGGUUGCAGCGUGAGUCCUUCCCGAUGUGCUCGUUUCUUCGACUCCAUCUACCGUCGACUCAACGCUCUCUCCUACCUGUGCCCUGGACUGUUUCCGUGGGUGGACCUUGGCCCUGCAACUGAGGCGUCCGGCGUGUUCGUCAUCAAGGCUGUUGGUAUCUUCUAUGUAUUGGUGUUCUUCUUUGACGUGUUGGCUGCCUACGGAACCCCUAGCGAAUCAAGUUUCACGGCUGGACUCAUGAUCAUACUGUUGUUGGGCAUCUUCAUCACCCUUCUGGCCAUCUCGCGGAAACCACAGAACCGAGCUCACCUGAUUUACGCUACGCCUUGCCUGCCCUUCGUACCCGGAGUCGCUAUUCUCGCUAACAUCUACCUGAUUCUGAACCUGUCGAUUAUGACUCUAUUGCGUUUUACCGUGUGGAUGAUAUUUGGACUGUUCCUGUAUUUCAAGUACGGUAUAAAGAAUUCGACUUUGGAAAAGAACGCAACGGCAGAGCGCGCGCCUACUCCCCCGCCACCCAACCCUUUGAAUCGCACCACUAUUCCUCCACCGUCUCAGCCCAUGAAUAUCGGAGACCGCAAUAUUUUCGAAGGCGAUGGCAAUGGACUUUACGGCAACAGUGACCUGUUUAAGGACACCGUGCUAACAUGGCAUGAGACUAAUUUGGAACCAGUGCAAUCCUCCUCCAGCCGCAGCGCUGGAGUCAUGCAAAUGGAAACCAGAUACGACGAGCGUACCAGCAGCGUUUCGUACCACACAUACCCGCGACCGCCCUGGGCUGAUCCGGACGUCACCUAUGACAACUGGGACUAAGACUCUCCGACGCGCCACGACAACCUCGGACUUAUGUUUUGUUUGGUAGUUACUUAAUUUACUAUCAAAAGAAUAUACGCACACAGAUAAGUUAGUAAUUAUUGAGUUUUGUUAUUUUAUAAAAAAACGAUUGUUAACUUUUAUAAUUUUAGUGUCCACAGUUAAGAUUAGGUGGAACGGAAUAAUAAUAAUUUACCUGAAUGAAAGUUUUGUAUUAGCAAAUUUUGAUGGCAUAAAAUUAAAAUAUUUUUUAUUUUAAGAUUUAUUUUAUGAUGAGAUUUGAUAUGUAAGCGAUAUGUUUGUCUCGAAACACGUUCCGUCUAUCUUAUCAUUUGCCAUUAUUUUUUUUUUACUUAUGUAUUUCUCAUUAAUAUAACUAAGUAAGCAAAGCGAUACGGUAAUCGACGACUUGAUCUUAUAUUUAUAUAAAGGGUGCGAGAGGAUAUCUGAAUUAUCAUAUGUAAAAAAAGAUAUUCUUUCGCAAUAUAAUUACUACUCAUUUCAUUACUUUACUUUGAUAACUAUAAAAUUAUUAAAUAUGAGCUUACUAAUUAUUUUCAAAAAUGUUCAGAUUGGCACAUUGCAUAUAAAUCUCACAUCAAAUUUUGUAUGACUGGUUUCCUUAUUAGACAUUGAAAUAGUAACGUAACUGCACCUUCAAUAAGUCUUCUCGAUCUCUUGUCGACUCUGCUAGAUUUCAUGACAGCUCUUGUCGGUUUCUUGCAAACUCUUCUCUGAUUUUUGCCGUCGUAGUUAACAAAAAAAAAAUUAAUUUUAUAUGAUAAUGUAAAAUUCGAUAACUGCCUAAAUACCUACAAACUACAACAGAUAUUAUAUCCUCCAAAUAUUUUUCAGAAAUAACGGUAUUGCUUUAUGAUAUUCAGGAGUAUUCUUUAAAUAAAUGAAAGUACUUGUAUCAUUUUUAUUUAUAUACACAUUCAAACUUUAUUUAUACACUGAAGUAUUUACUAAUUCUUAAAGAAAACAUAUUAUUAUAUUGUAUUUACUGUAGUGACGUGGAUAUCACUUUCACAAUAAUGUGAAUUCCGAAUUUACAAAAAAUAAUUAUUACUGAAUCUCUUCUACGAUUGUUAUCCUUAUAAAUUUUUUAAAAGAACCUAAAAAAAGAUAUUUUAUUUAAAAAUAUAAUCUUUUGUGUAAUAAAUCCAAAAUCUAACUCCAGAAACAUAUCAGAUGAAUUUUUACAUACCACCAUGUCAUGCACAUUUGCAUGGCAUUUUUAUUUUUAACGUUGAAAACGUCUAUUUUUAAAUCUUUCUUAUAAUAUUUCCUACAUAAAAUAACUAAAAUACAAAAAGUUCAACUAGAUUAUUUCAAUUUACUAAGUUACUUACAUUGGUGAUAAUUUUGCCGUGCUCAAAUCCAAAACUAUAUUGAAUUUAAAGUUCUAAAACUAGGAUUUUCUUUAACAAAUAAUGGAAAAUAUAUUUGAGAAAGUAUUAAUUUACUUUUAAAUGCUCUUAUUUGAUUUAGUUUCGAGAUUUUUGUAUAACCAAAGUUACACAAUCAUUAUAAAUGUGAUAUUUUAUGUAAUGAACUAUUCUUAGCCCUAAUCUAACGCUACUAACAAGCGACAUAAACUGUUUCGAAGCGGGACUUAUUUGUAAAAAGCUAUGGCAAAAAAUAGAAUAAUAUUCAGAAUACCACCAAUCAGGCCAAUGUAACGUAAAAAAAGGAACAAAAAAAAAAUAAAAAAAAAACAAAAAUCUGUCAAAACUCUCAUGACAAAAAAGAAUCGCUUCGUUUCAAUCUAUAAAAAAACAUAUUACGCCACUGUAGUACCUAUUUCUAUACUACUGACUGAUUUUAAUGCACUUGUAUAAAGGCUCAACGCGCAAUUAGUUUAUAUAUUAUAUAAAGAAUAAAAAAAGGUUAUGACAAAAGCAGAUUUCAGUAUUUUUUAUUUAUAUAUAGUAACAUGAAAUUUUCAUUAUAUAACUUUGAGCCAUUUUAAUUUUUGAUAGGUAAAUAUGAAUAGGCAGUCUUAUAAUGACCCUUGUAGUGUACUAUAUAAACCUUCGUAUUAUAUAUAAAUUAAACGUAACCAUAUAUAUUUUAGUAGGGACAAUACCCCAAUAAGAAAUUUUUGAUUACGUAUGAACCGUAUGGUUAUGACUAGAGUAAGAGUUGUUGUUAUAUAUCUUAAAACUUUUAAAAAAAAGCUAUUUAACGUAACGUUUUUAUAAAACAAUGACAUAUUUCAUUACAAACAAGGGAUAUUGCUCCCAUCAACAUAAAUAAAAUGAAAAUUUUUGGAACAAUGAAAUGGGUGAAGGCCUUAAAAUUAGAAAUAGGUUUACAGCUGUUGGAAUGUUAAGAUAUAAUAUGGGACUGGUUAAAACUUAAUAUACUUAAACAUAAAAUUUCAUUUGAAAAUUUUUAAAUACUUCGUCUUGAUAGAAGUAGGUACAGGUACAUUAUCAUCAUCAUUCAUCAUUAUCAGCCGAUGGACGUCCACUGCUGGACGUAGGCCUCUUGCAUGGACUUCCACACAAAACGGUCUCAAGCCGCCAGCAUCCACACUGGGCUUUUCGGUGCGGGGUCGCCAUUCCAGCACCUUGGGACCCCAACGUCCAUCGGCUCUUCGAACUAUGUUGCCUGCCCAUUGCCACUUCAGCUUCGCGACGCGCUGAGCUGUAUCAGGGACUUAUCGUCUUCGACUAUCGACUUCGUCUGCGGAUCUCCUCAUUUCUGAUUCGAUCACGCAGAGUAACCCCAAGCAUAGCUCGCUCCAUCACCCGCUGUGUGGCUUGCCUUUGCUUCUAAUAAGGCCCAUAGUUAGCGAAGUCUCGGAUCCGUAGCUCAUCACUGGCAACACGCACUGUUCGAAGACUUCUUCUUUAUGCACUGAGGAAUUUCUGAACCGAAAUUCCACAGGUUAUAACUACGAAAUUACUAAUGAUGAAAGAAAACAAGAGUAUCUGAUAAAAUAUUUAAAAAACAAGACCUCUGGUCGCGAACUUGAAUAAUCCGUAAAAUAAAUCCGAAAAAUAUUAUGUUAGCCGAUAGAUUAAAGUAUAAUCAUAUUAAAUGUGAAAUGUUACAUUGAUGUAAGCAUGUAAUAUGUUAUUGAUAAUAAUAAAUGUCAUGCAUUUACCCGAACCACAUAAGUGCAGAUUAUUAUUUAAAAACACACGAGUUAAUAAAACUUAGUUUAUUAAGUUAGUAAUGCAUGGAUUGCACGGCUGCAAGUUUAUCGUGUGUCGCAAAAGCGUUUACUAUCCCUGUGCUUGACAAGUAUUUAAUAGUUAACAAGCACAGGGAUCUAAAACUUAAAAACAAUGCCUUCAGUGUAAUGAAGAUUCCAAAACAGCCGUGCACACAACUUUGCCUCUGAAAAAGUUAAACGUUUGAAAUUCAAAUAAUUUUCCAGACUAGGGGACAAAGUAGAAAUUUGUGCACUUAUUCACGUGUGCGCGUGUGACAAAGACAAGUUUUUCGAACUAAGGAGAUAUAAGUAAAAUUGUACUCAUACACGAACAACCAGCACAAUAAUUAAUAAUCUGCAAUUAUGUAAUUAUCUAUGGCACGUUUUAGUAAUGUAGGAAUGUAUAAAAAUACGUAAUACCUAAAGUACUAUAGUACACAAAAAUUAAAGUCACCGAUUUAAUCAUGGCCAUGCCUUGUACAGUAGCCUAUGUCUAUGUAUGUAUGUUCUAAGUUUCUGAUCGGGUCAAUUUACCUAAAGAUUUGUAUUUAUAUUAUUUUCUUAUUCAACUCAACUUUGUACUGGUCUGACUUUGAUUGUAGUUACCCUACAGUAGUGAGUGCCCUAACGGAAAGUCAUACCUACAAACAAUUUUGUGUUUUGACACUUAGUAGAUUAAAAAUAAUUUCAAAUUGUAAAUCGUGCUAUCAAUUUUUUUCACCUGUUUUGUAUAGAAAAAAUUCACGUUAGUAAAAGUAUUUAAACAAUCACAUCACAUUUUUUUGUAUUUAUUCACGUGUAUGCUCAUGUAUAGUUAAUAUAUAUAGGUACAUUGGACGGUAAACACAGUAAAGGCACAAUAAAAUUAAGAUAUGAUCUGAGACGAGAGAAAAUAAUCUAUUCUCAUUCUAAUGAUCACCAAAGAAUAUAGGUAGGUAGCUAGAUUUCGAAUAUCAAUAGCGAGUGAACCAAAUAAUUUGCUGAAUUCCAUUAUGCCUACGUUACUCAAACGUGUACAAUUUAAAUUACAUGUCUAGACGUUAUAGUUGUCAUGCUGUGUAUCAUUGAUGUCUACAUGAAAUUUCGAUGUUUAUUUAAAUAUUUAAUGGAGUUUCAUUCUCAAGUUGCGUUUUCUUUUUAAUUUAAUUUAGAUGGUACAUGCUACAUCGGAUAUACGUAGGAGUCACAGAUAAGUGUCCCGAUUUAUCCUGAGACUCUGUGUUUCUUGAGUUUGAUAAUAAAUAGUCGUUCUGAUUUCGGAAGAUGAUUUGGUUAAUGAAUAUUAUAGUAGGUGAACAAACAAGGUGCUUUGGUGAGUAAAACCGAAGCAUCUCAAAUGCUACAUCUCUCCCUCUUUGAAUGAUAUAGGUACCUAUGUCUCCCUUAUUAUUAGGUCCCCCGUACUGGCGCGUGUGUGCGAAAAAUGAUUUUGGCGCCCCUUAAGGCAUUUUGAAUUCUCUUUUUUAACCGACUUAAAAAAAAGGAGGAGGUUCAUCUCAUUCUCAUCUCAUUUCGACGCGUAUGUUUUUUUAAUGUUUGUUACCUCAUAACUCCGUCAUUUCUUAACUAAUUUUAAUUUUUUUUUUUGCUCGAAAGAGAUUGAUAUUCUAUAAUAUUUCAAUGUAUUGAUUAUUUUUGUUUUUUUUUUGGAUGGCGCCCGUAUGCAUUGCACACUUUGCACAUAUGGCAGCGGGGCCCUGCUCUAUAUCUCUGAAUAAUUGUACAAGACGUUGCUGCUGUGUUGACGUUCUUCGUUACAAGCACGUUUUAUUGCAAAUUUGUAAUAAUAUUGUAUUGUUAAUAGUAGAUAGUUCUGCUAUCAACUUACCUACUGCUAUGUUCAAUGGCAAGCCCUCUUCCGGUAAUAGAACAACAUAUACUAGGGUUAAACUGAUAUCAUAUUUACGAGAUUCAUAUAUGAGAUGUAGCGUGUAACACACACUGUCACACUUACGUGUUUACGAACUAUUUUAAAUUUAUACAAACAUUAACACCCCUUUCACACUACAGUAUAAAUUGCAAGACCAACCUUUUACUGUAUCCUGAAAAACUAGACGCUUUAUACUCAUAGCAGUUAAUUUUUGCAGGAUCCAGUAAAAAACUACCAAUUCCUACACCGGUUAGCAGGUGUCGCAUGCAGGAAUCCGUGUGAACACUGCUAUUAAAAUAUAGUACGUGUUAUUAAACGGGAUCCAGCUUUUUAAUGGACUACGGAUCCAGUGUCUAGUAAUCAAACCGAAUGGCACAAUUCGGCCGGAUCGGUAUUUUGCAGGAUCCUAGCUAGCUUAUAAACACACGCGCCCACAAACGGGAUCCUGCAGAAAACGGGAUAUUGGACUGCUGUGUGAAAGGAGAGUUAGUUUACACUUUCUUACGUUCAAAGCCACGUAUUGACUAGUGUACUUAUUAGCUCUUUGCAUUGCAGGAAGAAUUUGUAUGCGACUUGUUAAUUUUAAAAUUAUGUGUACCUCAGAUCCAAUCUUAGGUACCUUUGACUAUCAAACAUUUUACACUUUGAAAAUUUAAUUCUAUUGUUUUUAUUUUCUUCUUGUAAAUAAGUGGCUUUUAGAACGUGUUGCAGUAAAAAUUUAUAAUUUUAUACCUGUUGUUACUUAUGUAUUAUGUAGGUGAUAAAAUGUAAGUAUAUGUAAGAAAUUAUACCUUUCAGGCAAUGAUGUUAGAAGAAAAAAGAGGUAGAUUAGGUUAUACGCGGGCCGCAAGUGGCUCGUUAAAACUAUGCUAAUUAGCAAACCUGAGCUCAGUCGCCGCACUGUCAUCUCACCGUUGACAACGCCGCUGAGAUAUUUUUUGCGUGCCAGUUGUAAAUGCGAGUAUCGAAUGUGAUUUAUGUAACCUAUCUACCUCUUUUAUCUUGUAACAUCAUUGCUAUCGGGUGUCAUUUCACACUAUGGCCACGGAUUGUUAGCUAUGUACCAGGUUACUCUAGUCAAAAAAAUUUCUGAUUUAUAUAUCAUUCUGGCAAAACUGGUAUUGUUUAGGAUUUUCAAGAAAAAGUUUAUACGUAAUACAAUAUUUUAUCACAAAAUUGUAAACAUAAUAAUAUACCAUAAUUCAUUUGGCAGGCACAUAAUAGUUUUCAUUUUUAUUUUGUUAUCAGGUAAAUUAUCAGAAUUAGAUUUUUAAGAAAUUUUAGUAUUAUUAUUAAACGGUAACCAAAGUAUCGUAAUUUAAGUUAAUAGGUUAAAUUAUUAUGUUUAUUUUUAUCAUGAUGUAGAUAGAUACAAGUAUAUCGAUCCUCCGUGGCCUACAUUAUAGUAUUUAAUUGUUAAGGAGACUAUUCUGUAACAUUAAAAAAAUAAUAUUUAAUCUUUUAUAUAAAAAACGGAGAGUCCCAACUUCCUUUGUAUGCCUACGCGAGUAAAAUUGUUUUGUUUACACCGUCCCUUAUUGUCAAAACCACCUGGAGUUUACCUUAAUUAAUUCGGCUAUGUGUAUUUUAUUUACCUCCUUUGAUAAACUCGUUUAAUGUUCUUGUAUACAAAAUUUAAUAUUUAAUAUAAGAAAGCUGAGAGAUAUGUACAUAGCUCAGUCAUGUAGAUCGUACGCUUGCCAAGAUAGUUAGUUAAUGAGGAAAGCUAUCGGAAAAAUAGUUCCCGCAACCCGUUCGAGAUUAUGAUCUCACUACCUUCACAAACACACCACUUGUCCGGAGAGGAGGGGGUAGUGGUAUUACAUCCCACAACCACACCCAAUUGUCCGAAGUGGAAGAGGUAGUGGUGUUACAACCCACAACCACACCACUUGUCCGGAGUGGAUGAGGUAGUGGUGUUACAACCCACAACCACACCACUUGUCCGAAACGGACGAGGUAGUGGUGUUACGUCCCCAAACUGUCGGCCACGGUCAUUAUCGUUAAAACUAACUACUAAUUACGAUUAUAAUAAUAAGUACAAUACUCAGAAGUUUUUUAAUGUUACAGAAAAAUAUCUUCUAUAAUUUAAGGUAAUAUAAUCCUACGUGUUAGAAAGUAACUGUUCUUGCUAUUUAUUCCCAUGCAGCCUUUGAGCUGAUGUGUAACUGUAUCGCUGUUCCAUUGUUCCGAAUCACUGCAGCUUUUAGAGGGGAUCAAAGAGUUGGCAAAAAUAAAGUAUGAGUAGGCACAGUAGGUGCAAACGUCGGCGUUGGACGUAGAAUCGUUAAAUUAAAUGCGAAAUAAAUUACGUCUAAUCGGCAUUUUUAAUAAUGUCAAAACGUACAAAAACAGGGUAAUUAUUGAAUUUGAAGCGACUUCUGUAAAAUUGUUUUUUUGGGGUGUAUUUUUUAUAUUUUAUAUUUAAAUUAUGACAUUGUAUGACGACAAAAUAUAAAUUAUCAUUUAAAUAAUGACAAGGAUGAAAACUACAAACAAAAUUUUAAUUUAAAUGAUAUUGAUUGAUCAUUCGUACGUGGUAUUUUCCUUUAAUAAAUAAACAUAAUAUUAUUGUUUUCUUAAAUAAUAUGAAUGGCCUGAAUGGCUCAUUUGAAUAUAUUUACUUACUUUUAAAAUUUCGAUAUAAAAUAUUAUCCCCUUACAGUAACAUUAUGCGACAAACAAAUGUUAGGCCAUUAAGUGCAAAGUUUAUUAAAAAUCAUCUGUUGUUACUUAAUGCCAACUCUUUGUUUAUAAGGUGUGAAGGAUGCUUACGAUGUCAAUAAUUUUAAAAGCUAAAUCCCGGCUAAUAACGAGUUAGACUCGUUUACUGAGGAUUUCGUACUUAAAGAUACCUUAAAACUAUUUUAGAAAAGUAUAAACUAUGUUUGAAAAGGCUAACGACUCGAAAUAAGCAUGCUCAUUAUUAGCAAUGUUAAUAAGAUGCAACUGCUCAAUAGUACUGCAUACUUUCGUCCUUGAAAUGAGCAUGUGGAACAGUAGCUUAAGUCUAACGUCCAUCGGCUUUUCCAUCUGUAGGUAUGUGUAUGUAUCUGAUGCUAAUAAAACAGUUGUUGAACUUGUAUUUUUCGUGUAUAUACAAGACUAUAGUAUGUGUAGCAUACUAUAGUCAUAGUGUGUGUAGCAUACUAUAGUCAUAGUAUGUGUAGCAUACUAUAGUCAUAGUGUGUGUAGCAUACUAUAGUCAUAGUGUGUGUAGCAUACUAUGGUCUGGCAAGUUCGUUGAGGACACUCCCAUGAUAUGCGGGCGAUUGGGGGAAGACUGCGCGGGUGUGAAAUCGUGCGUGCAAAGAAGGGAGGUGCAGCAAUCGUGGGUUUUUCAUUCCUCGCUACACGCCCUCCGGCCCGUGCGAACCAUCGGGAGUGUUACGGACGAAGUUUCCAAGCUAUAGCUAGCUCCGAGUAUUAUUUAAUUUUAGGUGUUUCUACCCACUGCCUGAAUAUACUCAUACCUACUACGAGUAGGUACUGUUUCCAUACUCUCGUUAACUUUUUAGUUAGGUACCUAUUUGAUUGGUUAUGAUGCAGUCUUAAAUGGAAUGAGCUUGAUGGAUAGUAGAAACUUGCUGCUUAUUCUGUAUCUACCUAAGCACAGAUGAAUCUACUGAUAUUGCAUUAAACACUCACAUAAGAAUUUUUACUAAAAUAUUAAAUGUAUACCUAUUUUAGUAAAAAUUCUUAUUAGUAUUAUAUUAUUCGAUCUAUAGUAUCGCGAAAUUAGCUUUGAAACUAUUAUUAUAAUAAUGGUAUAAUAAUGGGUCUCGUAAUAAUAUGCUGUGUCCCAUAGUUAUAAUGCCAAAAUGUUUUGGACCAAAGAUAUGUUAUUUUUUUGUAUAAGGUUAGACAGCUGUUGUUAUUCGGAACAAUCUUUAUGGUAAUAUAUAUAAACGACGUACUUAACUGUAAGUUAAUUAAAUGUUUAUUAAAGGAA